AUGGCUGCACAUACCAAGUUCCAGCCGGUGCCGCAGCGUGAUUCCUUCGAGGACAGCAGCUUCAGUCAAGCGCCACCAGCUUACCAGGCGGAGGCGGCGAGUGCCAGCUUGCUUGGAGCACCGCGUAGCGAAGACGACAACCUUCCCGAUGACUUCAAGUUUGGUGGCGUUGUAGCUGAGGCUACACUCGAUAUUCGGAUGCAGUUCAUCCGCAAGGUCUACGCCAUCCUGACCGUUCAGUUACUCGCCACGGCUGUCCUCAGCUCUGUCUCGUUCUUCAGCGACGGCUACCGCAACUGGAUUCAGACAAACGCAUGGUUGAUGUGGGUGUCGCUCUUCGGAGCGAUCGGAUUCAUGCUCCUCACCUUCUGGAAGCGCAAGUCAUAUCCCACGAACCUACUCUUCCUCAGCGGCUUCACGGCGCUUGAAGCCUACUCCAUCUCGGUCAUCACGUCCUUCUACGAAUCGCGCAUCGUACUUGAAGCGCUCGUCUUCACGCUCGCCAUCUUCGUAGCCCUUACGCUCUUCGCCUGCCAGACGAAGUAUGACUUCACCAACUGGAUCCCAUACCUGUUCGGUGCACUGUGGAUCCUGAUCAUCUUCGGCUUCAUGGCUGCGUUCUUCCCGCACAACAGCAAGGUGGAGCUCGGAUACGGCAUAAUUGCCGCGCUCAUCUUCAGCGGAUAUAUCUUGGUCGACACACAGCUGGUGAUGAGACACUAUCACGUUGAGGAAGAGAUCGCCGCGGCUAUCUCGCUCUACCUCGACAUUAUCAACCUGUUCCUGGCUAUUCUCAGGAUUCUCAAUAGCCAGAACAACAACUAG